UAGCUCCUGAAGGUUCACAUAUAUUAAUUCUCAUGUGAGAGUCGAGUACUGAAUUGUUUGCAGCACCUUGCCUAUCUGCAUGCAAUCUGCAGCUCAGUCCUCGAGUUUACAGAAGAACUACUGAACUACUAAGAGUCAGAGAUCAUGUCAGCUUUGAGUUUCCUUGCUUCAUUGCCAGAGGAUCAUUUCCUCUGUUCGAUCUGUCUGAACGUCUUCAGCGACCCGGUCACCACACCUUGUGGUCAUAACUUCUGCAGGACGUGCCUCAGUCAGCACUGGGACAACAGUGAGUUAUGCCACUGUCCAACAUGCAAUAAAAGAUUCUACGUAAAGCCCGAAUUCUCCACAAACACUGUCAUCGCAGAGAUUUCAGUCCAAAUCAAGAAGAGGAAGGUGGAGACGCUUGAAAACACCGGUGCGCCGGGACAAGUGAAGUGUGACGUGUGCACGGAUAUAAAGUUCAAGGCCCUGAAGUCUUGCCUGGUGUGUCUGACAUCGUACUGCGAAGCCCAUCUGGAGCCACACCAGAGAGUUCCCUCUCUGAUGAGACACAAGCUGAUCGAGCCGGUGGAGAAUCUGGAGGAGAGGAUGUGUGUGAAACAUGAGAGGAUAAUGGAGGUUUUCUGCAGAGAUGAUCAGCUGUGCAUCUGUCAACUGUGCAGUGAGACAGACCACAAAGACCACGAGACAGUUCCUGUUGAAGAGGAGGCGGAUCAGCAGAGAGAAAAUAUUGACUCCCAAAGGGCAAAUAUCAAACUGAUGAUUGAGGAGAGAACAGAAAAGAUAAAGGAAUUUACUGAGUCCUCCAAAUUAUGCACUGUAAAAACAGACCAAGUGAUCACAGACAGCAAUACGCUAUUCAAUAAUCUAAUAACUCAAGUACAAGAGAUGCAGGCCAAACUGAAAUCAAACAUUCAAACCAAACUCAGAAAGUCACAAGACAAAGACAAAGCCAUAAUUCAAGAGCUGCACGAGGAAAUCACAGAACUGCAGAGGAAACACUCAGAGCUGGAGGAGCUCUCACAAAAUGAGGACCACCUCUGGCUUCUACAGACUCUGAAGGCUCUGAGCAAUAUUAAAACCUCCAAGGAUUGGUCCAACGUCAAGGUUUACUCAGACUUGUGUGUGCAGACGGUGAGGAGAGCCAUGGCUCAUCUUGUGCACACUUUCAAAGUAGAACUGAAAAGUGCCACAAACACGGAAUUGACCACAAUGAGACAAUAUAAAGAAUCAGUCACCUUUGACCCGCUCACUGCCGGCGAGGGCCUUAUGGUGACUGAAUUUGGGAAACGUCUGAAAUACUCCAGCAUGGCAGCUAGCCCCUCUUCAUCUGACGACUUUUGGAGGUUUGACUGUCCCAUGGUUUUGGGGAUGAAGGGCUUCACCUCUGGCCGCCACUACUGGGAAGUCCAAGUGGGCCUGAGAAACAACUGGGAUGUGGGUGUUGCCACGGAAAGUGUAAACAGAAUAGGGAGGGUUGUUCUGAAAAAAGAAAAUGGAUUUUUUGCCAUAGGGAAAAGGGGGUUUGAUUAUCAUGUUCAUUGCACAGCCUACACAGUUCUCCACCUUUGCCCUAGGCCGAGGAUUAUAGGAGUUUACCUGGACUAUGCGGAAGGCAGGGUCUCGUUUUAUGAUGUGAAUGAGAAGUUGCAUAUUUACUCUUUCACAGGGGAGUUUUACAUAGAGAAACUCUUCCCAUACUUUUAUCUGCACAGUAAGGCAAAGAAAUCUGAGCCUUUGAUUAUCAAGGAUUCCCUUUAUUUCUAAUUCACUUCCUCUGACAGUCAAAAUGUGAACUUUAAUGAUAGUAACAGGUGUAAAGUCAAAACUUAGGGCUUUUCUAAGAUAAUAAAAACAACCUUUCACCCCACUGCACUUAAGCAGAUGAAUUGCUCCAGAAUCUGACCAUCAAUAAAGGUAUUCGGAAAUGAUCAAUUUAAAGUUAAUAAUUACCUGCAGAUUGUAGUUCCUUUUGCCUGUUUGGCACAUUGCAACUAGGGAUGGCACGAUACCACUUUUUUAUGUCCGAUAC